AUGGAUCUGAAAGUGCUUGCCGAGGAGGCCACCGACCGAAUAGCGGACUUCGACGACCUCGGCGGCCGGAUCGAGAACCGUCAGGCUGAGCUGGCUGCCAGUGCUGACAAUGGCGAAAUCGCUCAGACCGAGCCUUUACACAAUCAACACCAAACGCCGACCGACUCACCCAAGUCCAACAAGAGAAUAAUAGCAGCUGCCCCGGAGGGCAUGCCUGACGAAGCCAUACAUGAGAAUGCCCCUUCUAAGGGCAAUGUGUACUACGACGUCACUGCACAAAAUUUCUUUUCUGAGUUUAUUCGCUGGAUCGAAGAGAACGGGAACCAUAUUCGAAAGGCCUCCAAAAUCACCCCGGUAUUCGAUAAGCUGGGCGCAUCUCACGACCCGAAGGCGAUAUCAUUGAUCAAUAAUAGAAAUCAACACAUCCAAAUGUCAAUCUCAGGAUCCGGGCUUAUCCCUGAAAGCAAGAAGUAUACCCCAGAUGUAUACAAAAAGCUCAAUAACAGCCUCAUAUCUAUGCGUAGCGCUGCCGAACGUAGCGCUGACCAGCUCUUGAAAUCUGGCAAUUGUGAAGAUGAGAUUAAGGAGAUACAGAAGCAUUUGCAUGAGGUGCGCGAAAUAGCUUUGAAGGAGAUUGAGCGAAGAGACAAAGAAAAGAAAAGAUUGGAGAGUGAAACCAGGUAG